GCUUCAAAGUUUUCAUUUUUGCAAAAUUUACGAUUUAACGUUAAAGUGGAGCAAAACAAAAAAUCCCCCUAUAUAUUCCGCAGUACAUAUACGUAUGUACUACUUAAAAGAAUGGCAAACUUUGAACACGACCGAAAUCCCACUAAGUAAGUGUGCGCCCAGCUCAGUUCGGUUCGGGUUCCGGGGAUAUCCUCCGGUUAGCCGGGGCUCUCCAUGUUCUCCGGGCUCUCCGGCCGGGUUCAGCUGCACCAGGUGUGCCCGUGCCCGGGUGGCUUCCAUCUUUCGUCUUCCAGCCCCGAAACCGGGAUCUACGAUUGAAUUUCAGACACUGUACGGCCCCCAGCCAGCGAAAACACGCCGAACCAGCCAAACCACCCAAACCACCAUCCGGCGGCCAAGAAGAACGCAAAGGCUUUUGCAAUUUUUAUGUGCAAUUUUUUACAUGAGAACCAAAGGCGGUAUGAGAUGUCGCUUGUGGCUCGUUAAGGCUAAAGGGUGGUGGGUGGUUUUCGGGGUGCGCAUGUAGCAGUUGGGCUGCCACUGAUAACCGGAGAGUGGAUUAGUCUCUGGGUAUCGCUUGGAAGGACCCAGCUCACAGUCUCGUAAAAUAUUGAAUGUAAAUGCAAGUUAAAGUUUGGUGCAAACGAGAAAAGAGGUUUAAUUUAAUUUCCAAAAACGUAAUGUCAUUUCAACUCUUUAU